CAAACUUUUUUUACGUAUACAGAUACAGUAUUAAACGUAGACUAAUUUUCGAAAGUUAAAACAUUUGAUGUCACGCAAUUUUUGAAAGUUUGAAGAUAACACAGCCUAUACCCCACCAAACUCCAAAAAAACCUUUGGGGAGAGAGAGGAACUGAUGAGGAAGAAGAAGGCCGCUCCUCCCAAAUGUCUCGCCGCCUCCUCCUCCCACGCCGCUCCCUCUGCUCCACCUCCGCGGCGGCCGCCGCCACCCACCUCCACGAGCUCGCCUCCCUCCUCGCCGCCGGCCGCUUCCACGCCUCCGUCGACCUCGCCAAGUCUCUCCUCCUCACCGCGCAGCCGCCCGCCGCCUCCGUCGUCCCCGACCUCUACCACGCCCUCGCCGCCGUCGCCGCCGCCGCCGCAUCCGCAUCCGCAUCCGCCUCGCCUGGAGACCCUCAUCCGGCCUCCUCCUUCCUCUGCGACGCCGCCUCCGCCCUCGUCGUCGCGUCCGCGCGGCUCCGCCUCCCCGACGGCGCGCUCCGGCUUCUGUCCGACCUCGCCGACGAAGCCCGCGCGCCGCUGCCAUCCCUCUCCUCCUGCAACCUCCUCCUCGAGGCCCUCCUCUCGCUCGGCCGCCACGCCGACGUGCGCCGCGCGUUUGGGAUCCUCGCGUCCGCCGGGGCGCGCCCGGACACGUUCGCGUGGAACAAGGCCGUCCAGGCGUGCGUCGCGGCGGGCGACCUCGGCGAGGCCGUCGGGAUGCUCCGGCGGAUGGGACGCGACGGCGCGCCGCCGCCCAACGCGUUCUCGUACAACGUGGUCAUCGCGGGGAUGUGGAGGGCAGGGAGGGGUGGUGACGCCGUUGAGGUGUUCGAUGAAAUGACGGAGAGGGCCGUGCUGCCGAAUCAUAUCACAUACAAUACGAUGAUUGAUGGGCACAUCAAGGGCGGCGACCUGGAGGCUGGUUUCAGGCUGCGGGAUCAGAUGGUGUGUCAUGGCUUGAAGCCGAAUGCGAUUACGUAUAAUGUGCUCCUGUCCGGUCUGUGCCGUGCUGGCAGGAUGGGAGAGACGUCAGCCUUGUUGGAUGAAAUGGCAUCACAAAAGAUGGUGCCCGAUGGCUUCACAUAUAGCAUUUUAUUUGAUGGUCUCUCAAGAAAUGGUGACUCAAAGGCAAUGCUUUCAUUGUUUGGAAAAUAUUUGAAGAAUGGAGUGACAAUUGGAGAUUACACUUGUAGUAUCUUGUUGAAUGGCCUGUGUAAGGAUGGCAAAGUUUCAAUUGCUGAAGAGGUUCUUCAGUCACUGGUAAAUGCAGGGUUAGUCCCAACAAGGGUGAUCUAUAACACUCUGAUCAAUGGAUAUUGCCAGACUGGAGAGCUUGAAGGGGCCUUCUCAACCUUUGGACAGAUGAAGUCGCGGCAUAUCAAGCCAGAUCACAUUACCUACAAUGCACUAAUCAAUGGUUUGUGUAAGGCUGAAAGAAUCACCAAUGCACAAGAUCUGUUAAUGGAGAUGCAGGACAAUGGAGUGAAUCCAACUGUGGAAACUUUCAAUACGCUGAUUGAUGCUUAUGGAAGGACUGGGCAACUUGAGAAAUGUUUCAUUGUUCUUUCCGAAAUGCAAGAGAAUGGGCUAAAACCAAAUGUUGUCUCCUAUGGUUCAAUUGUCAAUGCUUUUUGUAAGAAUGGAAAAAUCCCAGAAGCUGUAGCUAUAUUGGAUGAUAUGUUUCAUAAAGAUGUUUUACCAAAUGCCCAGGUGUACAAUGCUAUCAUAGAUGCAUACGUAGAGCAUGGUCCCAAUGAUCAGGCUUUUAUUUUAGUUGAGAAGAUGAAGAGUAACGGAAUAUCUCCAAGUAUAGUAACCUACAAUUUGCUUAUAAAAGGCCUUUGCAACCAGUCGCAGAUAUCUGAAGCUGAGGAAAUUAUUAACAGCUUAAGUAAUCACAGGUUGAUACCUGAUGCUGUCAGCUAUAAUACUUUAAUAUCAGCAUGCUGUUACAGAGGCAAUAUUGAUAAAGCCUUGGAUCUUCAGCAAAGAAUGCAUAAGUAUGGCAUCAAAUCUACGGUGAGAACAUACCAUCAACUUAUUAGCGGAUUAGGUGGUGCAGGGAGAUUAAAUGAAAUGGAAUAUCUGUAUCAGAAAAUGAUGCAAAAUAAUGUUGUACCCAGUAAUGCAAUACAUAAUAUCAUGGUUGAGGCCUACUCAAAAUAUGGAAAUGAAAUUAAGGCAGAAGAUCUGAGGAAGGAAAUGUUACAGAAAAGGAACAACCAUGAUGACACAUGAGAAAAAUAAUGGUGAGACGAAUAGCUGUAUAGCAAGUCCAACAUGAAACUUUUGAUGUUGAUCAUAAUGAGCCAAUGUUAGAGUGGAUUAGUUUGAUUGUUUGCCUUAUCUUUGUGAACCAUUGAAGGAUUGAAUUGUCGAAUACCAUAUUCUAUUUUUUGUCCCACAAAUCCAAAAUGGAGCUAGAAUAGCAUAUAUGAUGUUUACUAAAUCAUCCAAGCAACAUGAAAGCUGAUGAUACACAUAAUGGAUGUCAAUGUAUAGAAAAGUGGGGCAGGUAACCGUAAGUUAUAUUUCUACAAUUUUCAUUUU